CCCAACCCCCAAUCUCAUCAAGCCAGACAACACAGACUCAGCUCAGCAGCCACCCAGACAGACAAGACAGACAGACACGAGCCCCCCGGCUCUCCGCCAAGACGUGGCUACAACAACAACACCACCACCAGCAACAACAACAACAACCACCACCGAGCAAUCGCACUGACCUCGAUCAAAAGAAAAAUCGCUGAGGGCGAGUAAGGGUGGCUUGGUUUAGUCGUGGAGGAGGCGACAACAACAACAACAACGGCUGGGCGAUAGGACACCGCGUGUGGAGGUGGUGGUGGUGGCGGUGGCGAUCGACGGACGAGGAGAGAAGAGAGAGAGGACGAAGAAGAGAGGAAGAGGAGAUACGUGAGACGAUACAAGAAGAAAAACAGGCAAAGAUCUGCUUUGGUGAAGAGGGAGGCGAGCGAGAGGAGGGAGACGGGAGAGGAGGAGGAGGCGGCAAGACGCGGCAUGGAGUCUCCGCUGUGUUCACGACGGCGGCUGCUGCUGCUGUGUUUGUGUUGCGUGGUCACGUCAAGCCUCGCCUCCGCCAAAAUCUGCCUGAGCACGGAUGUGCGCAACGACAUCGCUUCCAUGGCGCAGCUGGAGAACUGCACGGUCAUCGACGGCUACCUCCAGAUCCUGCUCAUCUUCAAUACCAAGGUGGAGGACUUCACCGGCCUCAGUUUCCCCAAGCUCACCAUGAUCACCGAGUACCUGGUGCUCUUCCGCGUCAAUGGCCUGGAGAGCCUCAAGCACCUGUUCCCGAACCUCACCGUCAUCCGCGGCACCCGCCUCUUCUACAACUACGCGCUCGUCAUCUACGAGAUGCUCGACAUGAAGGAAAUCGGCCUGCCGAGCUUGCGGAACAUCACCCGUGGCGCGGUGCGCAUCGAGAAGAACGCCGACCUGUGCUACCUGAACACGGUGGACUGGUCGCUGGUGCUCGACUCGGAGCAGAACAACUACAUCGCGGGGAACAAGCCGGCCAAGGAGUGCGGUGACGUCUGCCCGGGGGACGCCGACGGCAACAGUCGAUGCGAAAAGACCCUGAAGAACGGCAACUUUGCCUGCCGCUGCUGGUCAAGCGAGCACUGUCAGCAAGUUUGCGACGGCAAGUGCGGCCGGCGGGCCUGCAGCUCCGCGGGCGACUGCUGCCAUGAGGAGUGCCUGGGAGGCUGCUCCGCACCCGACGACCCCCUGGCCUGCGUCGCCUGCCGCCACUACGUCCACGUGGACGGCACCGCCGCCCGCUGCGUGCCCGACUGCCCCGCGGGCACCUACCGCUUCAAGGGCUGGCGCUGCGUGACGGCCGCCUUCUGCCGCGUGCUGCACGAAGCCUGCGUCAAGGAGGCGGAGGAGAACGAGGAGCAGCCCAUGAUGACGAUGGGCGGCGGAGGCGGGGCGGUGGGAGCCGGGACCAUGUCGGCUGGGCUCGGCUUGGGCGGCGGAGGAGGCGGAGGAUUGUCGGACAGGGAGUGCAUCAAUUGGGUCCUGCACGACGGGGAGUGCCGGCCCGAGUGCCCGUCCGGGUACACGAUGGAGAACGAGACGAGCAUGUCGUGCAAGAAGUGCGACGGACUCUGCCCCAAGGUGUGCUACGUGGGCACCAAGGUCAUCGACUCGGUGACGGCCGCGCAGGAGCUGCACGGCUGCACCAUCAUCGAAGGGAACCUCGUCAUCAACAUCCGUGGCGGAAACAACAUCGCGACUGAGCUCGAGGCGAACCUGGGACUCAUCGAGGAGGUGACCGGCUCGGUGAAGAUCAAGCGGUCCUACGCGCUCGUUUCGCUUUCCUUCUUCCGUAACCUCCACACCAUCCACGGGGACUCCCAGGAUCCCGGGAACCACUCCUUUUAUGUGCUCGACAACCAAAACCUCCAGCAGCUGUGGGACUGGGACAAACACAACCUGACCAUCCGCAAGGGCAAGAUGUUCUUCCACUUCAACCCCAAGCUCUGCCUGUCCGAGAUCUACACCAUGGAGGAGAAGACCCAUACGAAGGGGCGGCAGGAGGAUUCGGACAUCUCGCUCAAGACCAACGGGGACCAGGCCUCGUGCGAGAGCACGGUCCUGACGUUCACGCAAAUCCAGAUGACCUUUGACAAGAUCCUGUUGCGCUGGCAGUCGUACCGCCUGCCGGACUACCGCGACCUGCUGGGCUUUGUCGUCUUCUACAAGGAGGCGCCCUACCAGAACGUGACGGAGUUCGACGGGCAGGACGCCUGCGGCUCCAACAGCUGGACGUCGGUCGACGUGGACCCUCCGCCUCUCAAGGGCAACGGCGGUGGCGGCGGCUCGUGGGGCAGCUCGUCGCCGGGCAUCCUGCUGCGCGGGCUGCAGCCCUGGACGCAGUACGCCAUCUUCGUCAAGGCCUUCGUCCUCACCUCGUCCGAUGAGGGCCGGGGAAACAACGGCGCCAAGAGCAAGAUCAUCUACCUGCGUACCAACGCCAGCACGCCCUCGACGCCGCAGGAUGUCUUCUCGGUGUCAAACUCCUCGUCGCAGCUGCUGGUGAAGUGGCGCCCGCCGGCGUUCCCCAACGGCAACGUGACCUCCUACGUGGUGCGCUGGCAGCAGCAGGCCGAGAACACGGAGCUCUACGAGUUCGACUACUGCCUGCCCGGCCUGAAGGUGCCGACUCGGGACCACGCGUCGGGCACGAUCGACGAGGGCGUGCGGCCCAACGGCACGGACGGCGCCGACGGCCGCGGCGGCGGCAGCGGCGGCGACGAGUCGACGUGCGCGCGGCCCAAGCAGGAGGCGGAGCUGGAUCGGGAGAAGGAGCACGCGGCCUUCCAGAAGGCCUUCGAGAACUUCCUGCACAAUUGGAUCUUUGUGCCCAGGCCGUCGCGGCGCCGCAGGGAUGUGUCCAGCGGCGGCGAGGGCACGGUCGUCGGCGACAUCAAAGCCACGAUCGCCCCGUCCAACAGCACGGCGGGCACGGUCCGCCCGCCGCUGACCCCCACCGAGAGCCACGAGCCGAAGAAUUUCCCCGUCGGGCAGAAGAGCGCGCACAUGCACGACCGCACCGUCAUCUCGGGCCUGCAGCACUUCACGCUGUACCUCGUCAACGUGCAGGCCUGCAACCACGAGGCGGAGCGCGUCGGCUGCAGCACGCCAAGCUACGUCUUCGCCAGGACUAUGCCCGAAGCCGGCGCGGACGACAUCGUGGGUCCCGUCACGUACAAGAUCGCCGAGGACGGCGGCGUGCAGCUGAUGUGGGCCGAGCCCCAGAGACCCAACGGGCUCAUACUGCUCUACGAAGUUCUCUACCGCCGCGACCAGGAGCCGGAAAACCCCAAGUGCGUCUCCCGGUCCCAGUACCAAAAGGUGGGCGGCUGCAAGAUGUUCCUGCCCAUCCCCGGGAAGUACACGGCCAAAGUCCGUGCGACGUCGCUGGCCGGCAACGGCUCGUGGACCGAGCCCAUCACCUUCACCAUCUCCGACCACAGUUACAACAGCAACGACGUGGUGGUGCCGGUGGUGGUGACGCUGACGAUUGUGGUGAUCGCAGGCAUCGUCCUCUUCGCCCUGGUGUUUGUGUUUCGAAAGAGGAACAAUGUCGAUGUUCCCCUUGGCAGACUCUACACGUCCGACAAUCCGGAGUACGUCAGCGCCAACGAAAUGUACGUUCCGGACGAGUGGGAGGUCCUACGGGACAAGAUCGUGCUGCUGCGGGAGCUGGGCCAGGGCUCUUUUGGGAUGGUCUACGAGGGGCUGGCGCGCGGCAUCGUGCCCGACGAGGUGGAGACUCGCGUCGCCGUCAAGACCGUCAACGACGGUGCCUCCAUGCGGGAGUGCAUCGAGUUCCUCAACGAGGCGUCCGUCAUGAAGUCCUUCAGCUGCCACCACGUGGUGCGGUUGCUCGGCGUGGUGUCGUUGGCGCAGCCCACUCUCGUUGUCAUGGAGCUCAUGACCAACGGUGACCUCAAGAGCUACCUCCGCUCGCUGCGACCGGACACCGAGAAUAACCCAAAGCGCCCGGCGCCGACGCUGAAGGAGAUGGUGCAGAUGGCGGGAGAGAUAGCCGACGGCAUGGCCUACCUCAACGCCAAGAAGUUCGUGCACCGCGACCUCGCAGCUCGCAACUGCAUGGUGGCUUACGACUUCACCGUCAAGAUCGGAGACUUUGGGAUGACGCGCGACAUCUACGAGACGGAUUACUAUCGCAAGGGUGGCAAGGGUCUGCUGCCCGUGCGCUGGAUGUCGCCCGAGUCACUGCGCGAUGGCGUGUUCACGACGUACUCCGAUGUCUGGUCGUUCGGGGUCGUGCUCUGGGAGAUCGCCACGCUGGCCGAGCAGCCCUACCAGGGCAUGUCCAACGAGCAGGUGCUCAAGUUCGUGAUGGACGGCGGCCUGCUGGAGAGGCCCGACAAUUGUCCCGACAAGCUGUACGAGCUGAUGCGCCUGUGCUGGCAGUACAACCCGCGCAUGCGUCCCACCUUCCUGGAGAUCAUCGGCUCGAUGAAGGACGACCUCUGCCCCUCCUUCCACGACCUCUCCUUCUACUACAGCGACGAGAAUCGCGUGGGCUGCGGCCCGAUCGCGGAGCCCGACGAGUGGCCGUGCUCGGACGGCGACCCCGAGAGCGUGCCGCUCACGCCGGCGGUCUCCUUCCACUCGGUGCGCGAGUUUGCGCGCGACAACAACGGCGGCGGCGGCGGGCCGCUGCCCGACAGGUGCAGGCCGGCGCAGGCCGAGCCGCCGAGGGGCGACCCCGGCCGGGCCUCCGCCGCCGCCGGCGGGAGUGGCGGGGGGCCCUCGGCGUCGUCGCCCGGCGACGCUCGGGAGGAGCGUCCGCUGGUUUUCUGCGGCGCCGACGACGAAGGCGUAGAGAGGGACCGGCACCUGCCGCAGUCGUCGUGCUGAACGGCGGACGCGUGUGUGCGGGGAAGGUGUGAGGGCGUGGGGGAGGGGGGGUUGGCUACGGACGACGCUGUCUGCGAAUACAAAACAAAACAUUCAAGGAUGUUGACGGGGCCGCCACAAACCGCCGCAAACCGCCACCACCAAGGCAAAGCAAAAAUGAGACAGUUGAAUAUUAAUAAUAAUAAUAACGGAGGCACUUUAAUCAUGCAAAACUACGACACACGCCGAAGCUGAAUGUUGGGCAUUGGCUGUGAAGGCAGUUUUAAAAAUACAAAGGAACUCACGCAAUGCUGGGCGCCGCGCUCGAUUGUUGAGCCAGUGGGGAGGGCCUGGCCUCAGCGGGAGCGUUGGGCAGCCUCAGACGGACUACAAAUAAAUUAACGACUGCGUGCAAGAAUUACUUUUUUUUUUUCCCCUCCCGGUGAAGCCGUUUACAACACUAUUACAGUGAAACUUUGCAAGCUAAAAAAAGGUUGCUUGGACAGAAAAAUAUUUCCAAGAUUACGACCCAACUUUUGGUGGUGGGGUGGGGGGAGGGAGGGGUGGGUGGGUGGGUGUCCGAGAAUUCUACUAGGGAGCUUGAGACCAAUUAUGAACGACGAUGCUUGAGACGGUGAGAAAUCCGCGUUUGGCUUUUGAGUUUGCCUGGAAAAUUGCACCGCGGAUGGAUGGAAUCGUGUGGAAGAGGGAGACGCAAAGGGAGAGGAGUGGGGCUUUGCGGGAGCGGCGGAGCAACCCAAAUCAAAGAGAAGGGCUCGCGUUCGAUGUGAGAGGGCCAUGUUUUUAAGAUGGCUGAGAGGUUUCUCUUUUGUUGUUGCUCCCCCCCCCCCCCUACACCUUACUCCGUCCUUCGUUUAAAGCGCAGAAGCUUCCAAACGCAGAAAAAAAACCUUGUCGAGGUAGGAGAAACAUGCUCGGAAGCUGGACUGCCCUCAAAAGAAAACGACAUGAAGACACCUUUAGGAUGGCCUAACCACGGGGAAACGUAAGCAAUGAAGGAAUUUCGCAAGUCAGUUCGCAGUUUUCUUUGCCAAGGGGUCUGGGGGGUGGGUUCAAUCGUUAUUUUUGUUGUUGUCGAGGAAUACAAAACUGUUUUGGGCUGAAACCUGCACCGCCCGCUGCUGUCUUUGUGAGCGCGCAAGGGAGGGAGCGUGCCCUCGGUUAAAAAAAAUUAUUUUGGCGCACUCCAUGGCCUCUGUUGCUCCAAAGUCAGUUGUUUCUGGAAAUGUGUGUGCGUGCGCAUUAUUGUGUGGCUAAAAUAAAACUUAGGUGAAUGUGCAGCUGUUGAUAUAUUUUUGUCAGCUGACUAAUAACAGUAUAUAGCUCUUUUGUUUUCAGAAUUUUUUUUUUACUUUUUUAUGCAAACUAGUAAAAAGAAAAUUGUACAGGAUUUUUGUACCGACCUCCACCUCCCCCGACUCAAAAUAAUUUAAAAAUAUAUAUAAAAAUCCCAUCAUGGAGCAAUAUAACUCAUCAGGUUUCGUAGAUGGCAAGAGUUUAAUGAUAUUUUUUGAAGUGUAGAUUGGCAGGAGCGGGGACCGUCUCGACGCUUCUGCUCGCUGAAAGGAUAAAAAAAAAUUACAUUUUGGAUGGAAAUUUGCGUGAAAAGAAGAGAGAGAUAGAAAUUCACGUGGAGGAGUUGAUCCAAGUUGAGAUGGGUGUCAGGUGACUUGUUACGUGGGUGUUGUAUAAUAAUGUAAUGUUUUGUUCAGCUGCUGCUGUUUUAAUCUCCCGGUUUCUUAUGGCGUUGCAAUGUUUUCUCACCAAAAAAUACCACACACACACACUUACCAUGAGCAUAUCCGAGCGUUCGAUGGCGUGCAGGAGACCCACGGGUUUUAUUUUGUUUGCGAACAAAUUUUCACAUCGGCUGAACGCACCGCACGCAGCUCAAAUCGUCGCCCGGGUUUCAAAAUGGCACCGGCGAGAACUUCAACGACUGUCCGAGGACAUUUUCUCAACGUGCACUAAGAGAGAGGAUGCUUUGCUUGCCUGGUGGGGUGGUGGGGGGGGCACAGCAGCCCUGGCCAAAUCGAUCUUUCCACGGCCCCUGUUUUAAUUCCUUCAAAGUGUGGGGCUGGGGGGGGGGGCUGCCUUGUUACUUUUUUCGUGACUUGCGAAGAGCACACUUCGCAACCACCUUAACUCAUGCCCCCCUGCACGUAGUCGAUAACAUCGAUAGCGCGUUAACGUCCCCCAACAAAACGUCCCGCGCAAUUUUAAGAACUCAUCGGCGAAACAGCAGGUGGCUUUGCUUCGAUAAUACACGCGGAAGGGCGGCGCUUUAAAUUCCCAUAACGGGGUCCUACCCUCGAGUAAUUGUUGAAAUGUGGUUCGUUAUCCCGUCUCGCCCCUCGUGGUAAAUUGGGCCUAAAAGUAAACCGUGCUCGCAAAGGGAAAUGCGUUUAUAAAUUAUCGCGAGCCAGGAGCCCGAGUACCCAACGUUUAACUCGCAAUAUGUUGCAUUCGAAACGUGCUUAGAAAAGUAACAUCGAAUGUCUUUCGCCAGAUCGCAACUCUCCCGUUGCACGAGCGCCGUUGCUCGGGGUGACAUCAUCAACGCCCACUUCGGCAGCCAAUCGGCUGCCAGGAAAGCAACCCCCAUGCAACGUGGCCACUGUGACAUCAUCGCUGCGUGCGCUUCAGUGUGUCUGUGGCUGAAGAAAGUACGUUUCUGUAGAUUAUUUUCGUUAUUUGCUGUUAUUCAUAUUUGUCAUUAAUUACGUUAUACUAUUAUCAGUUGGCUUUGACAAUCGACUUACGGGUAAUCCCCGUCACCCGUAAUUCCUCUCCUAACUUAAGAGCAAUUGAAAAUGUUCAAAUUCCCUUAGCGAAUCGGAGUUGGACCAAUUCAGACCCCGGCGCAAUUUAAAUAUUUGCGCAGGUCGUCGUUGGGUAAUCGGCGCGCAGAUCGUCCACGUGCUUCGUCUCCUACCGAGGCGUAAUGUCAUACAUCACCGCUCUGGUACGGGCCCCACCACGCUUUCAAGGCACGACGAUGCAGUGGGCACCUGUCCUCGCUCGCGGCGCGUACCCCGCGCGCUCACGAUUUCGCGCGCAGUGCGCACGCGGCUUAUUCAAUCGCACACCGUGUACACACGUGCUCUGUGCGUGUCCACGUACACGGCGUGUACGUUGUUGUGACUACGCCGCACGUACACCGGCGCACUCGGGAUCCACCUGCUCCCCUUGCUGUCGCUGCCAAGUCCAAUCGUACCGGCGAACGCACGCGCGCACGCUUGCGCGCGUGCGUGAUGGUGGCAAUUCAUGUCGCUAUUAAUUCACCGAUACAUGUUUUGGGGCGGCGGGGGGGUGACCCAAAUUGUGACAGGUGCGUUGUAGGGGCGGGGGGGGGGAGAAAAUAGGUUGCCAUCAAACAAAGCAAGCAAAGCAUCUGUGUAGUGGCUCCCUUUCACAAUUGUUGUUUCGUGCGGCGUACAAGUUGAAGGCUCUCGAGGGCCAUCCUGAAGCCCAAAUACACUCUCAUUUACACAAACACACACGCACGCACAGAAUACUCGCGCACAGAAUACUCGCGUUCCUGAUUUGAUGUUCUUUUACAAAACCAGCAGGUCAUUGUUAAAUUGCAUAAAUUAUUAUGUUGCUUGCUAAACUGCUUUGCUAGUUAUAUUCGCUUUAAAGGUUAUUUCGUCUGUAUUUCCCCCCCCCCCCCCUUCCUCUAUGAUAUAUUUCCUCUCUGGUAAUAUUGUGAAGGUAUAAUUAUUAUAUCUUAUUUAUUUGGUAAUAAUUGUAGAUCACUGUAAAAGGCUGUCGAUGUAGUCUGGAAUUUUUUACACUUGGAUAGAAAACAUUUUCACAGGAGGGGGAGUUUUUUUCGUUUACACAAAGCACGCAUAAAGUAGUGCGUUCCAUGGUCUCUUCAGAAGAAAAAAGAAAGAAUCUACCUCAAAAAACCAUUGGUUACUUUUUUUUGUUUUUAGUUUUUCUUUCGUUCUUAUCGUCGUUAUUAGUAUCUUUCACGAACGUCGUCGUCGUCGUCGUCACAAUUAUUAUUAUUAUCAUCGCGUAGACGUGUGUUCUUUUUUUUUGUAGGAUUUAAUUUUAUUUUCCAUAGCGGUGGCUUGUCCACGUGGUUUACCUCAUGCACGGGAGGGCCGGCAUCGACUUCCCCUUGUCGUCCUGCGCGCACGAUGGGGAUUCAUCGGGGCUCGGCAAGGGAGUGGUGGGGGGGGGAGGCAGCCGGGCCCAUCUCUCCAUGCAAGUGCGUUCGCCCUCCCGCUGGCGAAAUAAUUUCUCCGUGCGGCAGAUUCGGCCACACUCGAUGCAACGCUGCUGAGCUCGGUGACGACAACAACAACAAUAAGAAGAAGAUUAAUAAGAUUAAUAGAGGCCACUAAGCAUGCCGGCAAUACAGUUAUAUAACAUUGACCUCUUGACUCUCCUGCAAUGUCAUGCAGAUGUGGGUGAGGUUGUUGGCAAAGGGGGGGGGGGGGGGGGUAAAAGCAGGAAAUUUCAGUGUACAGAAGGCGUGCGAAAAAAAAAACAUACCCCCAUCACCGUUUAGGGAAAUUUUGUCCCGUUUUUAGGUUCCCCGACCCCCCCCCCCCCCCCCCGAUCGCUCUCUGACAAGUCUGUUCAUGUCCCCCGUAGGUCGUGUGUGUGUGUACACACGUGUGCGUGCGUGCGUGUACGCAUAUGCAUUUACACUCCUGUGCCUACACGUGCAAUGUGCGCGUGUGUGAAGCAGUUUAACAAUACCGCGUGAUCGUUUUGAGAGUGGCCAUCGAAUAACAAGCCCCUGCUGCUUGAACCCACGGCAAUGCCGUUCUGGUAGGUGAAACCCUGUUCGGGGAUGAACCGUCGUGGAUUAAAUCAUUGGUGUGCAGACCCUGGCUACAUAUCCAUCGGUCAUUUCGCUUGAAUCAUUCGGCUGUCUUAAUGCAAAACCAAUUCCCUGCUUAACGAAUCGUUGUAGGUGGGAUAUAUUUAGCGGCCAACCCAAGAUGUUUUGUGGCAACUACGCCACGGAUAUCCACUGCUAUCCAGCCGGGGAAGACGCCCGUUUUGUUUUCACACAGUUCCAGCGUGUGUGUGUGUGCACCACGUGGGGAGGGGUGGGGAUGUGUGCAUCUCGUUGCGUUACAUUCAUUUUGUGUCUCGGCAGCAAUAUUUCUCGCGACGCUUAUGCACAGUGGCACCGUGUAAUGAAUGCAAGGCCGUUGCAGAUGUGCGCGGAUUAGACGGGGCGGCUUUGAGGUAUUUGCAAUUAUCGUAAAGGACGUGCAAGUGAAGUGGUUUUUAAAUUAACCAUUUGCCGUCCGAUCGUCUCGAAAGAAUCGUUUUCCUGCUGGUUAUUUGCAUUGGGAAAUGUCGGCUACAUCCUGAAACGCAGCACCUCCGGGCGAGUCUACAGCAGGGCAAAAGUUACCUCUCGGAAUAGCGACAGCCGAAAUGUGUCCCUGUGAUCGUUGGCGCAAAAUGUUAACGAGUCGUGUGAAGUCCGCGUCGACGAGAACUCGCGCGCGCCGGUCCUUGCAAGGAGAACGGCGAUGGCUUUCGUGGCAUCACGGCGCCUCUGGAAACGAACGAGAUUUCCUAAACUUUUAGGGCUCGUUACAUUCGGAGAGCACUGUUCCCGCAAGGAAUAUUAUAUUUGGUGUGGAGGAGGGAGGGAGGGAGGGCGGAUGGGGUUAGGAAAAAAUUAAAACGAAUCAAAUAGCUCAAGCAUGCUUCCGGCUUAAGAGCACGGAAUUGUCGACCUGGUCUCAAUUGAUGCAAAUAUAUAGCACGCGAAGCCCCACACCAUUUCGGUUUUCAUCUCAUCCCGCUUAUUUUUGUUCACCCCCUUCCACCCGCCCGCCCGCCCCCGUCUUUCAAUUAUGUAUACGUUUCCCGUCAGUAAUGGACCAGCGCCUGUGGUGCAGAGAAUCUGGCAACAGCCUUUUGGGUAUUAGUCGCAACAACAAAAAAAACGGUGACAAGGGAAACUCGCUUAAAACGUCGUGCUGAGCCAUGACAAAUGUUUUGUUGUUGCCGUUUUUUUGUCAAAAAACUGCGGUGCUUAAAUAUUCCACCCGAGGUCGUCUCUUUUGUUGUACAUUCACACCUCUGCACACCGAAAGGCAGUAAACACAUUCCCAAAUGAGCCAAGAAGCGACCCCCCACCCCCCAAUUUGUAGCCGGAGGGCAAGCGCGGACCACGACUUGUUAUGAAUUUGGGAUGUUCUCAGACCUCUUUGUAUUUUCACCGGAGGCUCCCUUCUGAAAAGUGCCGUGCGCUCGCGGCUUUUCCGACGUGACGAGAUUGGAUGGGGGGGGGGGGAGAUGGAUUUAAAAAAAUAAUGCAAUUCCCGGAUACGUUCAAAUCGUCUUGGCCACGAACGCACACGUCCCCGUCGCUGCAGCAAAUAAUUAAACCCCGCGUCUUGUGAUCCGCUUACGAUUCAACCAGACAGCGCGUCUCGGCCGUCAACGUUCAACGUCUGUUAUUUUACAGACCCCUACCUCUUAAAAAAAAAGUGGCAGGCGGGUUGUUUUUUUUUUUGCGCGCGCGCUCUCUCAGCCUUCCGACGCGGAAAAUGGGAAAAAUGGUCUGUACGUGUUUCCUGGAAAGCGAUCAGGAGCCGUGUUUAAUUCCUAUUAUUAUAAUUUUUAGGAGCAGUGUUUUAAUUCAUUUUUGUUGUUGUUGUUGUCAACCUGGUACACUUUGAUUCAUGGUCCAGGGUACUUGUGGAGGGGGCUGUAAGUGUAGGUGACGGACCGGCACGCGGAGAAUGAACCUGGCGCAAACUCACACUUUACCGAUGACCUCUGUACCAUUCAGUGGGAAGGUUGUAUGUUGAAAGAGUUAAAGAUAAUGACAGCCCAUCCUUAUUUUUAAAAGUGAAUGUUAUAUUUUUUAUUGCCGUUAAAUGCUUUUUUUUCAUUCGUCUGCAACUCAGGAGUCUAGUUUCUGUUUUUUUCUUCUUUAAAGUCAAGGUUAAACAAACAAAAAAACAACCUUUUGUAAAGUAUAAACAUUUAGUAGGGAAAAAAAAGCACUUGCCAUUUCUCAACAGCUAGCACUUGUUGUUCUGUAUGUCCAUGACUGUCUUUUUGAGUCUUUCAAGAUCAGAAGGCCGGAUAACGGCGGCUUGAUAUCUUUUGCUCCACACUCUGCGCCCUCCCCAAUGCCAUUGACAUUUCCCCACACCUCCCUUCCCCCCCUCGUUUAAUAUGCGGGUCGCCCGUUUUUGGCAUCGAGAGAAUACUCCCGAUUCAAUGGUUGAUAUUCUUGUAUGGUAUCUGUCACGUAUCAAUCGUUUGCUCACACCACCACCCACCCACCUUCUCCACCCACCUAAACCCACCUUCUCCACCCACCUCGUCCACCCACCUCGUCCACCCACCUCGUCCACCCACCUUGUCCACCCACCUCGUCCACCCACCUUGUCCACCAACCUCGUCCACCCACCUCGUCCACCCACCUCGUCCACCCACCUCGUCCACCCACCUUGUCCACCCACCUUGUCCACCCACCUCGUCCACCCACCUCGUCCACCCACCUUGUCCACCCACCUCGUCCACCCACCUUUCUCCACCCACCUCGACCCACCAUAACCCCUUCCCUUGUCCGACUUGUAUUUGUUGCCAAAAUCACUCACUCGUGCUCAACGUCUAAUUGAUCUCCUGUCUUGGACAAAAGGGCCCACAAGCGAAAAGUAUCGCAGCUUUAAGGAGAAGGAGGAGGGGGUUACACAAUCGCCCGCGGCUUCUUGUGUGUAGUAGUUGGGGCGGAAAAAAAUUAUUAUAUGUAUUAAUCUAUACCUGUCUUCUUUUGACUUCAAUUGUAAUUUGUGUGAAUAUUUUUCGGUUCACAGCAUUCAAUAAAUUAUGGUCUUGAAUAUUGGUAAGUUAUUUUUCACUCGAAAUAUUAGUGACUUUUAGUGGUUUUUAAACUAAGUGUACUCGUUCGCUAGUUUGUAAAGGUAUGGUCCGUGCAUGCAGCUUAUUAUUCCCACUUUCUUGCUAUUUAUUGUUUACCCCGCGUUUUUUUUCUUUCGAUGGCAGAAGCCGGUUGUAAAAAAUAAAAACGCAAUGAAUAGGAAUACCCCCCCCUCGUAAUUCUCCAUUGGGCAAACAAAAAAAAACUGAUCAAAACUAUUGUUUUAGAAUUUGUCACGAAAAAUAUAACUUUUUUUCCUUCCAAGUCAUGCAAUCGCAGCCAUAGUAACCAUCAGCCGAUGAGAAUAACCUCCCACUAAUGACGGUAACCAUCAGCUGAUGAGAAUAACCCCCAGCUGAUGGUAACCCAGCUGAUGAUGGUAACCAUCAGCUGUUGAUGGUAACCAGCUGGUGAGAAUAACCCCCAUCGGAUAAUUGUAACCAUCAGCUGAUGAGAAUAACUCCCAGCUGAUGAGAAUAACUCCCAGUUGAUGAUGGUAACCACAGCUGAUGAGAAUAACCCCCAGCUGAUGAUGGUAACCAUCAGCUGAUGAGAGGAAAAUCAGCUGUUAAAUGUUGAGAUUGCCAUCUCAACAUCAUUGGUGGUGCUGCUGCUAAAGCAGUAAUAAAUUGGCACGUUUGUCCACGUGACAACUUUAUUCAUUGCCGCUUGGGGUGGAGGAGGGUUUUACGACACAUUUUAUUUACAUGAUCCGACGCCAAAAAGGUCAAUUAUAAAUCAUCAGCUAUUCCGUUUAAGCACCUGCCGCUAUUUUUGAGAUUUGGACACCCACGUACGUUCACGAUUAAAAUUUUAAAGAAUAUGUAUAUCGCAGUAAAAAAAUGUACAUACAUUAACAACAACACAAAAACACCCCCUAAUUAUUUCGCCAUAUGCGUUUGUUUCCGAAGAAGCGUCGGAUCAGUGCACCGUGGCAAUCGAUUAGCAGGCCAAGCGAUCACUCCCGAGUCUACGCAACGCCACUGCGCCCUUAAAAAACAUAUUCUCUGCCCACGCCAAGUCCCCUGGCUGGGACUCGGACUGCGCAGGUUUUUUUUUCCGCGGCAGAGGUCGCAACCGGGUACCCGAUACCCGUACCCUACCCGAUACCCGGCUACCCUGGUGCGGCCGGGUACGGGUAGACCGUGAGUCACUGGUGAGUAACCGUUUGUCACUCAUUUCCCAACGUCUUGUCUCUUCUCACAAUUCAAGUUCCUAGAAUCAACCCACCCGCGCCUGCAACAUGGCUUCAUCCCAGAGGUCGCAAUCAGAUACCCGAUACCCGUUUGCGACCCUGGUGCGGCCGGGUAUGGGUACGGGUAAGGAAUCAAAACCCGUUUGCGACCUCUGUUCUGUCGGAUUGUGCCGCGUGAGGAAUCCAGUUGCCCGUUGAAGCUGCGAGCGCUUGAAGCGAAACGUCGGACAUCCGCACCGCCGCGCGGCACCGACCCUGAAGCACAUCGGAGAGCCGAACCCCCGUGAUGUUUGCAAGGUUCAGGAGCGUUUUGGAGUAUCACUGUCUGUGGGAUUCUUGGCAUAAUUGGCAGCGGCGACUUUGGCCACCGCCGAGACCGAAUGGCAGAUGGGGGCAUGGCAUCACCUCGUGCUUGUGGUGCCCGGUGCAGCAGCAGCAGCGAGCAAAGUAUCACAGACACUUUUCAAAAUGGGAACAAUUUUGGGGAGAGAAACCGGGGCGAAAUCUCUCCGACGCGCUUUCGGGGAGUUAACGUUGCACGCUUUGUUGCAACGCCCCCCUCCCUCUCCCCGUGUCCGACGUUUCGUUCCGCGAGCCGAUAACACGACCGUGGCGAAAGAAAACAAACCGAAGUAAGUUUGUGGGGGCGAGCGUUUGAAAUUCUUCAGCCGACCGCAGGCUUCCAGGUAACGGACAAUACCGUGAUCGGUUGAUGCUUCAUCCCUUGACGGCCUCAUUCCGCUCGUCAAGAGGGGCGAGUGAGGAGGGUUUUUUUCUUUUGUCCGUGGCCAAAAGGUGACGCCCCCCCCCCCCACCGCCGCCGGUAUUGACGUGCAAAUCAGUGAAAGGAAUUAAAUCGACGAGAGGGGAUGUUCACUGACCUCCCACGUGUUGUCCCACGACGGGGGGGGGGGGGGGGUCAGGGGUCAUCUCCAUGUUCACUUUCUGAUGGCGUAAACCUGGCGAGAGUAAAUCAAAGGGAAUUGCAUUGUCACUCGGAAGCGUUGUGUAACUCUUUGCCGCGUUAUCUCGGCCCCUUUUCUCUUUUUGAGUCCGACACGAACAAACAAAAAACUGCGUCCCGUUCGAGCAUGAUUAUUGGGCUGCUUAUGGAAUGCCGUCUGAAUACGUUGCUUAUAAUGUGCGACAUUCGUUAAUUGCUUGGCAUUUAUAGGGGUGAGUGGUGGAGUUGGGGAAACAAAAUGUGCAAAGUGUAGAUCUCUUUGAGUGCCUAUUCUGGCUUUCCUAGAAGACAAAAAAACACGAUGUUCUCGUGACCUGCCCUCCAAGGUAAAUAAUUGAUAGCCCCCAACAUACGCACUUUCCUCCUCUUAACCCCCCCCGCCCUGCCCCUUUCUCAUUUUACGGAAUUUCACUCGUUCUGUGUGAUGAUGACCGUUGUUUAGUGCACUUACGUUCAAGGGAAGAGUUCAGCGUGAUCGCCCAACUCACACCGGCACCCUAGUUCCCUCUUCCCCCCCCCCUCCCCUAACUGUGAAUGUAAUUGUUGUUAUCCUCUCUCUCUGGUUUUUGUGGAAUGCCGCAGCAAAUUUCACUCAGGAAACACAUUGGGCCCGGCCCUUUCUGCGGAGGAGAGGCGGGCGGAGGGGGGGGGUAGCACAGAAUUAGUUUCCUAUUUGCAAAUUUAAGGGCGCGCAGUUGUGGGGAUUUAUAUGCCGCGUUUUGGGGAUUCGGGUGACGCCGCCGGUUGCAAAGGAAGAGGCAACCGGGAUUUGUGGAUGGCAAUCGGCUGCUGCUCGGAAUUUGUUGUGCUGCAAUAUCGGAGCUUUGCGAGUCAUUCAUAGCCUUCUCCCUAUCCCCCCCCUACCCCCAUGUCCGAUCUGUCUCUUCCUCGCCGUCUUCCCCCCCAUAUCCGAUCUGUCUCGUCCAAGCCGUCUUCCCACCCCCAUGUCCGAUCUGUCUCGUCCAUACCCGACCCUGCCGUUUUGAAAUCUGCGUGGCGCUCCCGUCUUGUUAUCUCCCCCCCCCCAACCCCGACUCGCCCCGGCGGUGAAUCGAAUUUUUUUCAAUGCAAAUCUCCCCGACGAAACUUGUCAGCUGAGAGGUGUGAGCUUGGGUAAAUUCAAGGUAACAAACAAAAAAAGCCCCAACGUGGUGUGGAUUGGUUUGAGCAGGCAGGGUAGUGUUUUAAUAGUUCUAAGUAAUAUGUAUUGCAAAUGUAAAGGGGGAAAAAAAUGUAAUAUCCCAUAUGACAAAUUACAAAUUAACAGAGCCAUUGGAUGUUGCAUUUACCGGCUCGAUUAAUGAAUUCAAGAAUAUUUCAUGGGAUUAUUCUUUGGGCGGGAGGGGUGGGGAAUAUAAGCACCACCGCAACUUUCCAAAUGUAAACAAAGCAACAGUAGAGUUUUUUUGUUUUGUUUAGAUCGAGUGAAUAUCAAUGUCUCAUUAAACCCGUCACCCCGCGACCCAGCCAAUUAGUAAGGUUUGUCACGUAAACAAUUGUAAAUGUUGUGGGUUUAGUCUCCAACACACAACCGGUGUGCUGAACUCCUAGCGAAUUGGCAUCUGUUGUUUACGUGACAAAACUGUACUGAUUGGCUGUGUCGGGUGGUGGCGGGGUUUAUAUUUACGCGAUCCAACCCCCCCCCCCCCAAAAAACCUACGGAUACUAUUGGUUGCGACAACCUACUACGCGUUAAAGAGUAAGUCCCAUCCAAAUAGGUUUAAUUAAUUAUGUUAAUAUUGUUGUCAGACGUCACCACUACACUUGAUCAACUCUGCAUUAUUUCCGCGGCAACGAUGGCUGGUAACAAUUCGCCAAUACUUCAAGACCUGAAAUCGCUGCUGCUGCUGCUGCUGCAAAUGUCCUACCUCCAAAUUCCUGCAGCAAACAAUCCAGAAGAAUAUAUAUUUUUUAACAAGGAUAAAGUGUAAUAAAAAUGGAUAAACCGUAAUAAGAAUAUUAGUAAUAAAACUGCACGCUUUUGAUGCAUGUUCAGGGUUUGAAACGACAAUACACUAAUUUGUCUUCACUGCAUUCGCUCGUACUGUUAGUGUCUGAGCCCGGGGUGAAAGAUUGCAAUGCCGUGGUUAUUGUUCGAAUACUUUUCUUGGGUCUUCUCCGUUCCGUGUUUUGGUUUGUUUUGUGUUGUUGCAAUUCAAAGACGUUUGCAACCCGAUGGCAGAAUUCCAGAACUUUUAAGGUUCAUGUGCUGCAUAUUUUGUCACGUGACGAUCUCCGGGACUGAGUGCGAUUACCUCGAACACCUUUUUGCGGGGCGUGCUUUUUGGAAUUGUGUACACUUCGUUUUUUGAGCACUUGUUUGUAUUGUACUUCACGUGUUAAUUUUCAACCCUUUCCCCCGAAUAAGCUUCCAAAUCGUCACCUUGUACAUACUCGAACACACUGUUUUUAGUAUUAAUAUAAAUUAGGAUUUUUUUAGAGCGACUCUUUUGUAUAUUCUGUUUCUAAGAUUAUUUCUGUUAUAUUUGAAUUGUAAUAUUCAAGGCUUGUUUUUUUUUUUGGAAUCUUGUACAAUGUAAAUUGGAUUCUUCAGUUUCCUUCCUGAGUUUUAUGGGAUGAUGCCGUAGGCUUUUAAAUGCAUUUUUUUCUUAGCUGUAGAAUUGUGCUGAAUAAAAGUUAUUUAAUAUUUC